UGAGCGCGGGUGACAUUUGCCGUUGCGGUCUGGGACGGUAGAGAGAAACAGGUGUGCGGCUUCCCGAAACGAGCACGCGCACGCCUUUUCUGUUCUUUUUUCUUUCUUUCUUUCUUUCUUCCCGGUUCGUUCUCCGAGGUGAAAAUUCGCCCUCGUAAUCAUCUUCUAAGCGGGACAGGGAGAGGAGGGGGGAGGGAGUGCGUUUGUCACUUCAUUUUAAUAUAGUUUCGGCUGCGUUUUUUCUUUCUUUCUUUUUUUUUUUUAAAGCAAGCUUUUCUCUUUUGGAACAAGGGGGAGCCCGGCCGGCUCGCUCGUGAAGAGGAAGAGGAAGCUCAUGGCCACCAAGAAGCCGUGCUCGGAUUUAACAAAAAGGAGUCGAAGUCCGGUCGUACUCGAGGCCGAGAUGUUUAGUGAAUUUCAGGAGUGGUGUCUCCGGACUUACGGCGACUCGGGCAAAACCAAGACAGUCACGCGCAGGAAAUACAACAAAAUCAUGCAGACGCUUUUGCAGAACGAAGAGGCGGACGGUGUGUACGUGGACAACAGCCACAUCAACGCCAAAUUCAAAUUCUGGGUGAAAUCCAAAGGGUUCCAGGUCGGGAGCAACGUCCUGGGCGAGCACAACCAGAAAGGCACUCCAGCAAAGCCCGUGCUCUACGUCCCUGUCAAAUCAACGUGCUCUGAUGGCGGACAGACACAGGACAGUUCUCUGAAGCGUGUUGCAGUGGUGGAGGAUUUCUUCGAUAUCAUCUAUGCCAUGCACGUGGAGAUGGGCGCAGACCCAGGAAGAGCACCCAAACACGCCGGACAGAAAAAGACCUACAAAGCGAUUGCAGAGACAUACGCUUUCCUUCCCCGCGAGGCUGUGACCCGCUUCCUGAUGAGCUGUGGGGAAUGCCAGAAGAGGAUGCACAUCAACCCCAGCACUGCGGAGUUCAAAGAAAAUGACCGACCCACCUCAUUGGUCCCAGACCUCAUCGAUUACAACAUGCCUCUUACUGCCACCUACCUGAAACAGAUGAAACUGCAGUGCAUGAAUACCAAUGAGCAGGAUGAGAGUUCGGUGAGCAGUGAAGACCUGGAUAUGGCUGAGCCUGCAUGGGGCUCUACUGAGCGCGCUCCAGCAGCAGUGCCCAGCGGCACUCCUGAGCCACGACCAGAGAGGAAAGCCACGCCCCCACAACCCAGCAUCAAAGAGGAGGAAGAUGAAUCCUCCUCUGAGAGUGCCAGCACUAAUGGGCUCCCUUCCCUCGCACCUCCCACCAGUGCUGCUGCGGUGACUGGAGGCAUUUCUGUGACAGAUGGCGUGAUUCCAUUUGAAGAGGUGAAUAGCAAUGGAACCACAGCACCAUUGGACUUCAGUACCACCUCAUCCUCCUCAUCGUCAGAGGAAGGCCAACAGCCCCUCAACCUGAGUGAUAGAUUGUUGCCAGGGGUUACUCCCACACUUGCACCAUACCCUGCUGACCCAAGCAGGAAAUACAUAAUCAAAACAGAGUACGGCAACAAGUCUCCUCAGUACAGCUCAGGAAGCUACGACUCGGUAAAGACUGAAGUGAGCAUGUGUGCCGAACACUUGAAUACAACACGCACUCAGGUCAUGGAUGACGACGAUGAUGAUCAUGAUGAUCAUGACGACAGCGAUAAGAUUAAUGACACAGAAGGUCUAGACCCCGAGAGACUCAAAGCUUUCAACAUGUUUGUACGGUUAUUUGUGGAUGAGAAUCUGGACAGGAUGGUGCCCAUCUCCAAGCAGCCAAAAGAGAAGAUCCAGGCCAUCAUUGAGUCCUGCAGCCGCCAGUUUCCAGAGUUCCAGGAGCGAGCUCGUAAACGCAUUCGCACCUACCUCAAAUCCUGCAGACGCAUGAAGAAAGGAGGCUUUGAGACACGGCCCACCCCACCACACCUCACCUCCGCCAUGGCUGAAAACAUCCUGGCAGCUGCCUGUGAGAGCGAGACACGCAAUGCUGCCAAGAGAAUGCGCCUUGACAUCUACCAGAACCAUGAUGAGUCAAUUACUGCAGACAAAGCCAACUCCAGAGACCCAGCCGCUGUGGCCCACUCAGGCUUCUCAUUGGCUGCUUCAGCCUACUCCCAGGACCAGCUGUACACCAAUGGGGGGCUCAAUUACAGUUUCCGUGGUUACGGAGCUCUAGGCAACAGCCUGCAAAGCAGUGCGACAGCACAGAGCAAUGGUCCCACUGACUUGAGUAUGAAGUCUGUGGGCUCCAGCUCCUCCUCCACUAGCUCUAACAGUCACGGUCAGGGCGGUGGAGGCGGAGGAGCGUCAGCUCAGCUCAGCCCUCCCGAAGUCACGGCAGUGCGGCAGCUCAUUGCCGGCUAUCGUGAGUCCGCCGCCUUCCUGCUCCGCUCAGCCGACGAGCUUGAAAACCUCAUUCUACAGCAGAACUGAAACUCCACACACGGUCUCACACACACAUGUGCUUAUGCACCUAUACACAGACAUACACUCAAAAAACACAUGAGCAGAUCUGCACAGAUGUGCAACGUACAUGAAUUGGGAUAUGCACACGGCACAUUACAAUGUAUAUGUAGCUACAUGGCCACAAGCAGAUGCACAGAUGUACUACAAAUACACACACACACACACACACACACACACACACACAUGCACAGAGUCCCCUUUCUUUAUAGAGCUACCUACAGCAUUCUUCAUGAUAGCCUUAUUGUCAUUAUAGUGUCUUUGCCCUAUUCCCUUUGCCCUCAAUUAGAUUUAUAACAACUCUCUGUACAAGGCUUCGAUAAACUACUUUUCUCUUAAUGCCAAAGGCCAUGAUCUGAGAAGGCCUGGUGUGUGAGGCUGUGCAGGUAGCUGUGUUAGUUGACCAACGCAGGUUUGAAUUUAAAAUGAUGUCACUGUACAGAGCCAAUCCAUGAUGCAAAAGCCAUCCAACGGGUGACUACUGAGAAACACUGCAGCACUUGUGGGGAAAUAGAUUUACAUGAUUCUACACAAUCAGUUUGGUAUAACCCAGUAUUGUGAGUGUGACUAGAGCAAACAGAUGAUGUCAUUUCCUGUGCAUCAUGUUUAGAUCAUCACCAUUCCACUGUCACUGACCAUUAUUUUCACAGCUGGAGUGUUUAUAGGGUUUGGGGUCCUUUGCAGCCACAUAGAGAGUUGCAGCAUACGUGUGAUGUGUAAAUGUAAUAGAAUUUCAUUUAAUGACAAUUCAAGGGACACCUAAUAUAGGUACAAGCAGAACAUUCUCCUAAAAUUUCAUAGUGCUCAAUGGUAAGCCAAAUAUUUUUUUGAUUUCUUGUUCCAAUCUGCGCUCAGUCAGCUAUGCGACAAGUACAAACUGGGUCAAAUGACUUGAAAAUCAGCCACACCAUCCCAAUCUGGUUUUGCCCAGCUAGACGCAUGGGUACAAAACAAAUUUUUCCAACAGCUGCUGGUGCACUGUCUGCAUAUUCAAGCCCUAGUUAGAUUCUUAAAACUUUAAACCAGGGGUGUAUUUUGGGUUUUGGGUUACAGUACAUUAAGUCCAAUGUCAGGUGGGCCGGACCAAAAAAAUCAGUUCAGUAGACCAAUAACACAUUAAUAACUCAUUUUAUAUGUGUCUAUAUCCUAUUUGUCUGCAACUAUUUAAAAGUUGCAAAUGGAUUAAACGUUAUCACUUAUAUAACAGAUGGACAGACGUCAAUUCAUUACCCCCGAAAAAACAAAAUUAUUUUACAAUUUUGGUUUUACCAUACAUUAUCUUGCAUAACUACUCACCACAACAUUUCCACAUUUUGUAGUGAAGAAUUCCCUAUCGUUCACAUUUUUUAAUAUUUCCACAUUUUGUCCCAAAUUUGAUCAUCUACCAAUUCCCACCUGCCGGUCAGCUUUCCCUAUCAUACUGUACAACAGCUAUCAACCAGGGAGGGUUAAGGCUAACGUGCUUCCUCAGAGACACGUAAAGCCAACCAACUGCAUCUUUUCGAACUGUUGCUGCUCAUUCUGCGUCACAUGAGAGCAUAAUAGUCUUGGAGGAAAGCACUAUCUGCUCCCUGCCACAUACAUGAGCUCACAGACCAUCACGAUUCACCAGUGUCACUGUGAUUGAUGGGGGUUGUACAGUAAUGCUGUCCCUUCCACCCAGAGCACACAGGCAAUACUGCUCCCUUGACCCUGGGCUUGGUCAACUAUGGCAUUGGUGGGAUUUGUACUCCCAAUCUCCUGACUCAUUAGCUUAUUUUUGCUCUAUUUUUCCCCUAGUGGAAUAACAGAGACUAGCUCUUUUUUCAUAUUUCAGUUCAAUUAUGGUCCACAAGACCAUUUUAAUUCAGCACAUGCAUUCUAAAUUCACUUGGUGGGCUGGAUUAGAACAUUCAUUGGCCCAGUCACAACCCAAAUGCCGAAUAUCUUUGGCACCGUUACUUUAAAUGUUUAAAAUAGCAUAUCUGUUAGAAAAAAUCUUAGUCAAUAAGUAUGUGAAGUUGCCAUAGAGACAAACCCAUAGUAUACACUAUGGAGAUACCAUCAAAGAUGCAGGGGUUGAGAACUUGUAAGAUAUCUAAUAUUUGAUUAAUGCUACUGUGGUUGGGGAUAAGGUGCAAUGUAUAUGAUAAUAUUUUUAGUGUGUUGUCUGAAAAUUUAACAUAGACACACUUUUUUUUUAUUUGACAUAGUUCCAUUCUUUACAUACAUUUAUUCUUUCUCAUAUAUAAAAAGAAAACCUACAAACAAAAAAAAAUCUAUUUAAUAAUUUGAUUGAUUUUGACUACUACAGAUGUUUAAAUUCUGUCAAAUGGGCAUGUUAGACUGUUGGACAUUAUGCAAAUGAAGCUGCGCUGAGAUACUUAAAACCCUACUCUCAACCCCUCCUCCACACCCCAUUGCCUUUGCAACCCUUUAUCCUCAGCACUGCAAUGACUUCUGGGAAAUGCGUUCACAGAAAAGAAAUUCAAAAAAAUAAAAAUUUGAAGGACUGCAUUUCCCAUGCUGCAUUGCAAACAAAUUUUGUUAAGUUGUGAAUGCUGCUCUUGUUUUCUAACCUCAUGACUAUGUCACUUUCAUACCGCACGGGGACCAAUCAGAAUCAUCAGAGGGACUUAUUUAUGUACAUAUGCAUACAUGUUUAAGCGAAGGGACCUAAUUUUCAGUGGAAAUAGGCCAAAGCUUAAAAAAAAACCUCCAUACUACUUAUGUCAUAAUUUAUGUGAUGUCAGUCUUACCAGAUAAUGGUUUUUAAUUGGCUGGACACCUCAGUGAUUUUCAGAACAAUUGGAGGUGUAACACUUAGAUCUCGUAUUCCUGUCAUGGAAAUUCAGUUCGAUGAUGUAGUGCACAAAGCUAUUUCACACUAUGACGCUGAGCUCCCUUUUGCUUGUCUCGUGCCCCCAUGUUAAUUUCAAACAUGUCACCAAAUUCAGGCCUCACACAAAAAGGCACUGUAUAAAAAAAAAGAAGCAGAAGACAAUCCUGGAGAAGUUGAUUUAAACAGUGUAAAGUUACAUGAGCUGUGUGCCUCAAGCCUUUAAGUGGUAUAGCAACCUUCCAAGUGUUGUAGCCAUAACCACAAAAUUACGAUGAACCAGAAAACUAUUCCUACUGGGGGUGUCAGAUAAGGGGAGCAAUGCAUUUCCACUAGUUAACUGUACCCACUUAUUUUAAUCUAAUGUUUAUGUGUAUUUUAUAUUCUUUUUAUUCUUUUAGAUUAUUUUCAUUACUUUAUAUGUCUGCAAGGUUUAUAAAGUUCUUUAUUUAUGCCUCUAAAGGGAACUGUCACCUUGCAUAGAAACAAAACCAAACUUUAGACAAUUUGGAGAUCCACAGGAGAAUAAUCUGAUAAAGGCUGGACAGGAAUGAUCAUUUGGGUUCACAUCAGAUUACAUCUUAAUUUAAAUUAAGAUGAAAUAUUGUAGCACUUUAUGGCUUGGUUAAUUUAAUAAAUGUCUUAAAUCUGGAAUGAUAACAAAUUAUAACAUUGGGGGAAAAAAAAGUAUAUGUUACUAUAUUCAGGCCAUAUGUUUAGAGUAAUUUAUUUAUUUGAUGAACAUUUAUUUAACACAGAGAAGGCGAAAUGUCCUUAUUUCUGAAAGACACACUUGUUUCGUUGAGACCUGCAUCCAAACAUAACAUGGACUCAGUCCAUUCUUAGAUGCUGUGAGGAACAAUUUGAUGUGGGAAUGAGUUUGAUUUCCCAUGAGUACUUAAAAAGGAGUGUAAGGUAGAGUGGUUCAAACACACGACCAUGCUAGUAUGUCCGCUUGCUCUACAUUAUAGUUUUGUUUUGUUCUGUUUUCUUUAGUAAGAUUUCGUGUGAAAUGACUUUAGUAAUGUGUUUAUGUUCAUAUUUGUUUGAAAACAAGGUCUGCGAGCUGUGUAACUCUUCACACGGAAAAAUGCAAGACACAUAUAAACACAAACAUGCUCACAAACACACAGUGAAAAAUAAAAUGUUGGAGGUAAAAAAGAAAAAGAAAAAAGAAAUACCAUGACUUAUUUUUUUAUAAGUGCAGCAGAGGUCUGCAAUCAAAAUGUGGUAACAACCAUUGCCUGUGUUCUUUUCAUUUGUGGUGCUUUGUAAGAUUAUUGUUAUUGUUAUUACUAUGAUUAUUGUAUUUGAUUUGUUUCUACUCCUGUACUUGCCUGGAAACUCUAGGCUGAAGCCUGGUUUCUCUUUGUAUACCAAUGUGAAGCUUUGUAUUAUUUCUUUCUGGUUCUGACUCAGUGGAAGUGUGUGAUGUUUACAUGUACAGAGGAAUAGAUUCUUUUUUUUGUUGUUGAUUUUUUAUUUUUAUUUUUUAUUUAAUUUUUUGUUGUCGUUGUUGUUGUUGUUGUUGAAGACCCACAUAUCCAGCCUCAGUUUGUGACAUUAAGUUGUUUCUUUAAUCUUGUGCAUGGAGGGGCAAUGUUAUGUUAGAAAGUUAUAGAGACUUGGUUAAACCACUGUUAAGGUCCUUGCACACAUAUAAUGCAUAAAGUGAAUCUUUGUGACUGUCAUUUGUCCAUGGUGGUUCAUGUUAUUGUCCCAGAACAUGAGAAGACUUUCAUUGUGCUUUUGUUCCUCAGACAUGAGUCUAAUACAACUGUUAUAGCAGCCUGUUUUCAUUUGCAGGUGUGUGUUACCUCUCUGUUAAACACUGUUCAGUUUUUUGCACUUGAGAAGUGUGUUACUUCCUCAGCAUUAGUUCAGAACGAAUCAGGGUUGGGAUCCAUGUGCAAGGGCCUUGAGAGGCGACAUUUCAGUCACUGAUUGUGGAUGAAGGUGCUGGAUCGGAAAAAAAAAAGCAGAGAGAGAGAGCUUCUUAUCAGCUCAAAGUGCAACACCAAUUGUCCUCCCCAUAAUGUUACACAAUGGAUCUGGUUAAUGGUUAAUGAGAUUCAAAUGAUUUUUUUAUUACUACUUUCACAAAGACUUGAAACAAAUAUUUUACAAGUAAAGCCAGUGAUAUAGGGGAAAGCGUAGCCUCCCUCCAACUGGUCCAGUUAACUAAAGAUUUCCAAUGUGAUUAAAGCCUGCUAUGUUUGAAUUUGCACUUUGACCUUUUGUAGAAGCUUCUCAGUGAUUUUAAAAGCCAUUCCCCUCAUGUUGUUUGCCCAUAUGGGGAACAUAGGAACCUCAGGAACUGUUGAAUCUCUGAGUUUUUUUGUUUUGUUUUGUUUUGUUUUUUAAAUCCAGGCCAAUAUGUCCUGACUGACCAGUCCUCAUGCUCUCUCUCAGCUACCACAUCAUUUAUAUCGAAUUUGCUAUAUAUCCUUUUUAUAUUUAUUAUUGUGAUUUAAAAGUGAAUCUUCUUUUCAGUACAUGUGGCUGAAUAUUUUAAUUCUUUAGAAAAGUGUUGAUAAAUAUAAAUAUAUAUCUGAAUAUAUGUGAAGCAACUAAAAGAUGGAAAACAUGGCAGGUAAUUCCAUUUAUGUUUGUUUCAUGCAAAAACAAAGAAGAUGAAGAAAAAAAAAAGACUCGGGUGGGAGAGUUUCCCACCUUUUACAUAUCACUUUGAUGAGAGACUCAUUAUUGUCUGAAAAAGACUCUUUUUACAUUUUCAAUGUGGUGUCGAUGUUACAGUCUGAAAAACUGUUGGGUUUUCCACCUGCUGCAAAGUUGCUAGUUCCUUUCUUUCAGAGGUGUGUGUCACUGAGUUGCUGAAUAAAACAGUGAGCUGCA